GCCCGGCGGAGCCCGCGGAGCGGCGGUGGCAGGAGCAGGAACCGGAGCGCCGCCGCGCCGGCACCCGGAGAUGCCCUGCAUCCAGGCACAGUGCAGCACCACGGGCGCCGGCCCCUGUGAGCGCUGCCCGGCCGAGCUGCUCUGCCCCGAGGGCGGCCGAUUCCCCAUGGAAGUGGCUGGAGCCGAUCUGGCGGCCGCCCCCGCCCUGCCCAGCUUCAGCACCUUCAUGGAGGGCUACGCCGGCGAGUUUGACGCCUUCCUCUACCAGCUGCCAGCCAGCGGCCAGUCCAGCGCCGCCACCGCCUUCAAGCUGGAGGACUUCCAGGUGUACGGCUGCUAUCCCAGCGCCUUCGGUGGGCAGCCGGACGAGACCCUCUCCUCCAGUGGCUCGGACUGCUACGGGAGCCCCUGCUCCAUCCCCUCGCCCGCCACGCCGGGCUUCCAGCCCCCACAGGCCCCGGGCUGGGAGGGCUCCUUCGGGGCGUACUCACCGCUGCCAAGCUACGAGGGUGGGCAGUCCUGGGCUGAGCCAGCCAAGGGCGGGGGGUCACAGCCCCCCUUCUUCGCCUUCGGCCCCCCGGCCCCCAGCCCUGGGGGAUCUCCUGCCACCCUGAAGGGGCAGCCGGGCCCCUCUCCCCGUGUGGACCCGCGGCUGCUGGACACGGACGCCUUUCCCCAAGGUCCUCCCAGGGGUUUUGCGGGGCUGCCCCUGGCCCCCAGCUCACCGCUGCUGGAGGGGCCAGCGCUGGCGCCCACCAAGGUGCGCAGCCCCGGGGCAGGUGAGGGCCGCUGCGCCGUCUGCGGGGACAACGCGUCCUGCCAGCACUACGGCGUGCGCACCUGCGAGGGCUGCAAGGGCUUCUUCAAGCGCACAGUGCAGAAGAAUGCCAAGUACAUCUGCCUGGCCAACAAGGAUUGCCCUGUGGACAAGCGGCGCAGGAACCGCUGCCAGUUCUGCCGCUUCCAGAAGUGCCUGGCCGUCGGAAUGGUCAAAGAAGUGGUCCGGACUGACAGCCUGAAGGGGCGGCGGGGCCGUCUCCCCUCCAAGCCCAAACAGCCACCAGAUGCGUCCCCGGUCAGCCUCAUCACCUCGCUGGUGAGGGCACACAUCGACUCCAUCCCCAGUGCCACCAAGCUCGACUACUCCAAGUUCCAGGAGUCAGCACCGUGCCCGUUUGAGAAGGAGGACUCAGUGGACGUGCAGCAGUUCUAUGACCUGCUCACCGGCUCCAUGGACAUCAUCCGCAAGUGGGCUGAGAAGAUCCAGGGAUUCACCGAGCUGCCCAAGGAGGACCAGGACCUCCUGCUGGAGUCAGCCUUCCUGGAGCUCUUCAUCCUGCGCCUGGCGUACCGCUCCAAGCCAGAGGAAGGGAAACUCAUCUUCUGCAACGGGGUGGUGCUGCACCGGCAGCAGUGUGUGCGUGGCUUCGGAGAGUGGAUUGAUGCCAUCCUCGAGUUCUCCCAGAGCCUUCACCGCAUGAGCGUCGAUGUCCCCUCCUUCUCCUGCCUCGCUGCCCUCGUCAUCAUCACAGACCGGCACGGGCUGAAGGAGCCGAAGCGGGUGGAGGAGCUGCAGAACCGCAUCGUGGGCUGCCUCAAGGACCACGUGGCAGCAGCAGGGGCCGAGCCCGGCCGCUCCAGCUGCCUCUCCAAGCUGCUGGGGAAGCUGCCGGAGCUGCGCAGCCUCUGCACCCAGGGCCUCCAGCGCAUUUUCUACCUCAAGCUGGAGGACCUUGUGCCACCACCGCCCAUCGUCGACAAGAUCUUCAUGGACACUCUGCCUUUCUGAGUCCCAGGCAAGGGGCUGCCAUGAGCUCCUGACCCGCCUGGGGACAUCUGGGACCCGCCCAGGGCAACCCUGGUUCAGUCCGAGGAUGCCUGGGAACCCUCUGGGCACCCCUGGGUCACCCCUGGGAUGCCUGGAACAUCCCCUGGGUACCCCUACAUCAACCCUGGGAUGUUUGGCACCUCCCCAGGGUGACCCUCAGAAUGCCCAGAAACCACCUGGGCAUCCCUGGAUCGCUCCCAGGAUGCCUGGAACCUGCCCUGGUCACUCCUGGAUCACUCCUGGGAUGCCCAGGACCUCCCUGUGGACUCCUGAACGACCUCUGGGACACCUGGAACCCCCCCCCGGGCCAUCCCCAAGACUCUACGUACACCCCUGGAUCACCCCCAGAACACCUGGAACCCUCUCUUGAAUCACCCCCAGAAUGCCUGGGACCUGCCUCCCUGGGUCAUCCCCAAAACUCCAGGGUCCCUGCUAGGCACCUCGGGAUCACCCCUGAUAGCUUGGACCACCCCACCCACCCGGGUCACCCACAGGAUGCCUGGGACCCCCUGGGCACCCCUCCAUUGCUCCUGGGAUGCCUGGGACCACCUCUGCAUCACUCCAGGGAUGCCUGGGAUCCCCUCUGGAAAUCUGGGUCCCCCCUCAGAUGCCUGAGUCUUCUUGAGGGCACCCUUGGGGUGCCCCGUGUGCCUUCACGGCCCAGGGCGCAGCCACGCAGCGGCCCCGGUGCCAUCUUCCCCGGGGGCAUCGCCGGUGCGGUGCCCCCUUCCCCUGUAAAAAUGCCCCUGAUGUAAAUAGCGCCAGCCGGGUCCUGUACAGAGUGGGGGGCGCGGGCGAGAGGCGGCUCCGGCCCCUUCAACCUCGGCCCCUUCCCCUUUAUAUAUAUUUUUCUGGGUUUCCGUCUUUUUGGCCAUUUUCUGUAUAUAAACUUGUACGUACCGUGAGA